AUGUGGGCGGUUGGUGUGACCACAGGCGGGUCCCACGGGGACGCGGAGCUCAACUACCCGCACUCCCGCCCUCGGCACCCAGGCGUCUGCACAAUGCUCCCGCUGCUCCCGCUGCUCCUCCUGCUCCUGCCCGCAGCCCACGGUGCAGUGGAGCGUGUGGGGUACACGCCGUCCCUGACCAAGAGCCCCGCGCUGGAGGGGCUGACGACCGGCUCCACCUUCGUGCUGGACCAGCCCCGCUGCGUCUUCGACCAGUACAGAAACGCCGACAUCUGGCUGGUGGUGGCUCUGGAAAGCACCGCAGCCACCUUCAACAACAACGUUGCGCCGGGGACUAACGAGAGCGCGUUCCAGAACUUCCCUGACAGCGUCCCCGCCUACAUGACCCUCAAUGCCACCCUCGCCAACUACCCCUGUCCCAAACCCGACGGGGAUAUCACGGUGCUGCGCGUUGGCAGCGAGACCAGCUGCAUCCGGGAUGGUGCGAGACCCACCUGCAAUGGCCCCCUGCCCGGCCCCGGGCCCUACCUGGUGAAGUUCCUUGCCCUGGAGGGCUCCCAGCCCGUGGCCGAGACAGGCUGGUCAGAGCCCAUCAUGCUGAGGACAGCCGAGUCACCCAACAGCAUCUCCACGAUGGACGGAGGGCACAGCGCCGGCAUGAUCGCCCUCACCACCAUCCUCUCCAUCCUCUUCGCCAUCCUCCUGGCCGGGCUGGUGGCCAUGCUCGUCUUCUGGGGCUCAGACGCCUGCGGCGGCAGCAGCACCUUCAGCAAGCCGGAGGCGGUGUCGGUGCGGCGGUACAACACCCACCACGUCUACGACCAGCCGGCCGCCCGGCUCUGAGCCCCCGCCGCCUCCCCGCCUCCCCCCGGCACCGCCCCCCCUCCCCACGCACCCCCGGA